GCCUUGGCCGUGUGGAAAGCCUGGCCCCAAAGCAAACAGUACCGUUUUCUACCGAUACGAGUAUAGCCUUUGGUGGUGUUGUUCCUUGGCGUAGGCGUGACGCCAUGUUGUGAAAAGUGUCUGGGAAAAAAGUGAAAAUUUCGCACAGAGAACUGCACUCGAAAGUUGAAAGCAAAUUUAGAAACAGAACCAGAGUCCAGAGUGAGAGAGAGGGAGGCUAGCUAGAGAGAAAUGACGGCCAACCGAGUUGUGGGUGGUGCCCUAUCGAUGGUGGCGCUACUGACUGCGUUGGUGGUGCAGUGCAUCCUGGCGACGCCACAACGCACCGCUGCCUAUUCGCUGCAGGCAGCAGUGGACGAACUGCAUCGUCGGGAGGCGGCCAAGUACCCGCUGAAUGCCCCUCCCCCACCGGCACUUGACGACUGGGAUGAAGAUGGCGAUUUAUUUGGCAAGAAUAGAAAUCGGAAUCGGCAUCGAGUUAAUAAGGCACUUGGCAAGUACUUAGAACGCGACGAUGACAACUACGGUCCAGAUCACUUAGGUCUGGACUUGGGCAGGGAACUGGGUCUGGGAUUGGGUUACCAGAACGGUGCCAGCGGUAAUCGCCUGCUGGGCAAUGAGAAGCGAAAGCGCCUUUCCGCUUUUCGGGAACGUGCCGAGCACUUCGAUGGACCCGUAUCGUCGGUCUUCCGUGAACGUGAAACUCAGCCAUUGAACGCAGAGCCCUCGCGCAAUGAGCUGGCGGAUCAGUUUCUACGCGAGAUCGAGGAGGCUCGGGAACGGGAUGCAGUGCGGCAGUGGUGGCGCCAUCUGGAUCAGGCCAAGAGCCCACAACAGGAACUGGAGGUAGAUCCCCAGGACUCGGAACUGUAUGAGCAAAAGAAGCGAAUGCGAGUGCCCCCCUACUACCUGUUGAUGCAAAAGAAGCGAUCCUACCCGGUUCUGCCAUGGCUGCCGUAUAACGGUGACAAGCGGAAGCGAUUCCCGGUGGCCAAGCGGAGUACCAACGCCCGACCUGAAUCAGGACCAUCGGGCCAGACCGAUGAGCGAGUGGCCCAGGAGCUGAGUGAACUUUUCGGCAAGCCAGGAGGAGAUUCGCGACCACAUCCUGAGGAGAAACGCAAGCGAUCGGCAGAUGAUCAGUCCAAAUCCGCCGUAACCACCAAUCAGCCGGACUCGCCAGCGGCCACCGCCACCGCUGUGGGUGAUAUGCGAUUGGAGAUCAACUUCCAGCGGGUGAAUGUGACCAGUGUCGCUCCCAAGGAGGCCUCCACCUCCGCUCCCCCGGCCACCGGCGAAAUGGUGCAACACGGCGGACAUGCCGGACAUCAUGGCGGCCAUGUUCCGGGCAUGAGUCCGGAGUAUCGCCACCGGAAGCGCAGUGACCACGCCCAUGCCGAGAACGCUGACGAACCGGAAACCGACGAGCACGACGAGGAGGGCGAGGAGAGCUCCGAUGAGGAUGACCACGACGAGUUCGACGAGGAAGAUGGCGAAGGUGACGUCGAUCCGGAGGACGCUGAGGAGCGGAGGCGCAAGAAGAAGCGAGCUGCCGCCACAGGGAACUCGGGAAUCGGUGAAGGUUCCUCCAAGCACAUCCAUGCCCCCACCGUGGGUCACCUGAUGCUCCGGGCCAAGAAGUCCAUCGACUGGUCGCAAUACUUUGGAUUGGAUCGCAAAAAGAAGUCCUCGACAGGAAAUGAACAACAACUGAAAAAACGCAGCGAUACCGAUAGCAGCAACAAUAAUGACGACGACGAGGAGGAUGAGUCCUCGGAGGCGGAGAAGAAGAAGCGUGACUUCGAUACCGAAAAGCUGGAGAGCAUGGACAAAAAGCUGCAGUCCAUUGAGGACUUUAUCAUCGAUGAGACCAUCAAGUAUACGGGUGCCCAUGAGGGUCUCAACAGUCGAGAUGAUAUUCGCAGGAUCAAGGACCAUGUCCUUUCCCGUUUGGCCACGGCAUACAGUCUGGAGAAGAUGCGUCGGGCAUUGGAUAAGCUAAGGCGUUCCGUGGAAGCCGAUAAUCAUCUGAUUCAUAAUAAAAUAGAACCGGAAUCGGAGGAGAACUCCCUGAACUCCAACUAUUGGCAGUCGAAGAAAUCGGUGAAAAAGGAGCAGGCUGAAGAACUAAAUGAGGAGCCCAGGCCCCCCAAGGACAUGGAGAAAAAGAAGCGCAGUGGCUAUCUGCGUUAUCCGGAGCAGCCCAACACCAUGGACGAAUCCCUCAGCCUAGGCAGUGUUCCCUACGAGACUCUGAAUGACGCCUACCUGGGCAACAAGAACUACAUAAUUGGCUCCAACCAGUGCCCCAUCAUCGAGUCCAUGGCGGAACGUUGUCGGGGCGUGGAUCUCAUCUCCGGGGAUAUUAAUCAGGAGCUAUUGCCUCUGUGUGGAGUUCAUCAAAUUUGCUAUCUCUGUGGCGCCUCCCAGGUGGCCUGUGACUACCAGUAUCUGGCCGAGGCGGACGGCAUUUGUGGCGGCAGCAACGACUGCCAGUCGGCAGCUCGCUCGAUCCUGAUGAUCCUGCGAGGAGCUCCCGGUCGUCAGCUCGGACCGCGUGAGUGUCUGAAGAAUCCUUGCCUGUACAGGGCGAUGCGAGAGAUCGGCCUAUAAGCGGCUCCCAGUGGACAGCCCUGGCCAGUGUUUUCCUAACGUCUUUUUGUGUGCGUUUAAAAACAAAAACAAAAUAAAAAUAAAUUUAAAAAAAAACAUCCGCGACAUCCAGAAUAAAAACGAGCCCAAAUACAAAGAAAAAAAUAAACCCAGCUGAACCAGCAAAGAUCAAAUAAUUGAUUCAAAACCGAAUAAUAAACUGAAAUAGUCAGAAACAAAGUGACAAAAAAAUAUUUUGAUGGAUUUUGAUAUCUGCAGGCAACUAGAGUUUACCAGAUACCUAAAGAGAAACAUAUAUAUACAUAUAUAUAUAUUAUAUACAAAGGAGGAAAUAAUUCUGUUCAUUGCAGUAGGCGCUAAUGAGAGAUUUAAAUUAUUUUAAAUGUUCAGUGUCCAACCGAAUUUUUCGAAACAUAUUUGCAACUCAAAUACCAUAUAUGCGUGUUUAAAUGUACAAAAGUGAUCAUAACCGAAAAAGAAUAUAUAUAUAACCAAGAUAUAUACAUAAAUACAUGUAACUAAUUGCCAGCUUUUAAGUAAAUAUUAUUCGCUUGACAUUUUGAUGGAAGGCUCAUAUGUGGCUCACAUUGGCAGCUAAAAUGGUCCCUAGUCCAAGUUCCAAUACCCAAAAAUCAAAUGGCUUCACUUUGGUUCGACUUGGAUUCGCUGAAAACUCAAAACAAUUGAUCGAUUUUAGAAUGAAAUCGAACCAAUUCACAUGCAAAAUAACUAAUAUGCAUAACGUUUUAUAAAUGUGUUUCAACGUGCAUACAAUAAAUGGACAUAACUAAGACAAAUAUCUAAUGCUCUAAUCUAUAUAUUAGAUGUGAUUAAAUAAUAUACACAAAGGAGUUUAAAUAAAUUUAUAAACAAUAAUAAAAAACAAAAAAAAAACCUUUUAGUAUUUGCAUAUGCAAGGGCAGCAUUUAACCAAAUCUCAACAACACCGAGAUCAUUGGUUGCUAAAUCAAAAUAUUUAAAUAUUUACUUGUAACGAAAAUAUAUUUGAACUUGAUGUAUAUGUGCUAUCGUUUGCGAAACACAAGAAAAUCAUAUUUGAAAGUAUUUAUUGCUAUACAGUUAUCAUAAAUGUCGAAUAUAAAUGUGGGACGGUCCCUAAUAA